AUGGAUUCAAGGAAUCCAUAUAGCCAGUCUCGUAGUUAUGUAGGCCUUUUUAAUAGUCAGAACUUUUCUUAUGAAAGUUAUCCUUCUACUUUAAACUUUGGAGCCUCAGAAAUCCCUCCUUUCAGUUCACAACAAACCGACGCUCCAGAUGUAUGUGAAGACACACCAGUGGCCUGUAGGGAGAGAAUGAAAUGGACUCCAGCUGAUGAAGACGUCCUAAUAAGUGCGUGGCUAAACACAUCUAAGGAUGAUGUUGUUGAAAAUGAACAAAAAUCAGGGACCUUCUGGAAACGAGUAGGUGAAUAUUAUGCAGCAAGUCCUCAUGCUAGAGAGAGUGGUGAACCAAGAGAGCAUCUCCAUUGUAUGAGCAGAAAUGGCUUAGCCUUAACACUCCUAAACCUAGUGGGAGUUCAAAGCAAAAAGCUGGAGAGACAUGUUGACAAACUUCAAGCACCACUGUUGGUGAUCAUGAGAUCCGUCCUGAAGGUAUCAAGGCUGCUAAAGAUAAAAAAGAAUAAUGCUCAAGGGAAGUCUCUUGCUGAGUAUAUGAGCAUUUGGGAAAUGAAGAAGGAGGAUCUCAUGAUGAAGGAGAAACUGUCAAAGCUUGCCAUACUAGACACACUCCUAGCCAAGAAAGAACCACUAAGUGAGGCUAAAGAAGUUGUCAAGAAUAAGCUACUCGCCCAGUAUUUCUGA